AUGGGCCUCGGAAAUGGACAGCUUUCCGACAAACAAUUGACUUUGUCUUCUUCGAAACAAGCCGGAAAAAUGUCUGACGUCAGAUUCGGCGGAGAACAUUUUUGGCAGCCACUGGUUCUCGAUAAUAAGCAAUUCAUCCAGGUGGAUUUCCUCGGACCGAGGAAUAUCAGUGGCUUGAUUUUUGCCAGUGAUAUUCAAGUGCAAGUGACUGAGGUGAAGGUGGAAUUUUCAAACGAUGGACUCAACUGGAUUCCGAUUGGCUCGCAGCAAGUGACAUUUCAGACCAAAAACUCGACGACGACUGUCAAAGAUGUCCGGGUGUUUUUGGCAACGCUUCAUCGUCGUGUCCUUGUUCCGGUGUUUUGCGCUGGACAGGAAGACAAUGCAUACGCACCGGGUACGACUUUCCGUAACGAAAAUUGCGAGGAAUGCCUGUGCAAAAUUGGCGGGGUUGCUGAUUGCCGACCCAAAAACUGCACUCUGUUUGCGUGUCCGAAGAAUAAUAUGCAAAAAUUCGCCGCGAGAGGCGAGGGUUUAUGCGAGUGCAAAUGCAGGGAAUGUCCCGCUGGAGAACGACUCUGUCCGACAUCCAACGAUUGCACAAAAAUCGACAAAUGGUGCGACGGUGUCAGGGACUGUGCUGAUGACGAACUGGAUUGCCCGACACUGAUGAGUAUCACGACGACACCGAAUCCGGAAAUGACGACGACGGAAACCCCUGAACGAGAAGCCCGUUGUUUUGCCAUUGGAAGAACGGUGAAAACUUUCGAUGGGACUCAUUUCAAGUACGAUUUUUGCGACAACACGAUGUUGGCAGACCGAAAGAAAAACUUUUCCGUGAACCUCAAGAAAAUUUGCAACACCAGCAACGGCACGGUUUGCACGAGGGUCUUGGUGCUGCUUUUCCGCCACCAAUCGAAGCGACACGAGCUGAUUUUGCACAGCAAUUUCACUGCUUUCUUCAACGGCCGGAGAUUUUCAGUUCAGCAGAUGGAUCGAAUUUUGAGAAGAAUGAAAAACUUCAGGAUGGACAUCUUCAAAAUGGGCAAUUCCGUGGUUUUGCUUCACGACCACGACGAAAUUGGGGAAAUUCGAGUCGUUUGGAAUUCGCAGCAACACCUCCGAAUAGCGGUGACCGGUGAAGCGCUGAAUAAUGUCUUUGGCAUGUGCGGCAGUUUCGACGACAAUCAAGCUAAUGAUUACGUUCUUCCUGGCGGAGGCUCGGCUCUGGUGUCCCAGGUUUUCGGGGACAGCUGGGCCAACAAGGCCACCAAGUGUCCCGACCCUGUCCCUUGUUCAGAGGAUCUUCAGCGGAAAUCCUGGGAAAUUUGCAAACUUAUCAAAGAAAGCCCUUUUGAGAGUUGCUCUUCGCACUUGGACGUGGACCAGUUUUUGUCUCACUGUGCGGAAACUGCGUGCCAAUGCUUGCAAAACGCCGGGGGAAAUCUGCAUAAGAUGGAGAAAUGCCGGUGUAGUGCUCCGCAAAAUUUCGCAACGGCUUGUGCCAAUGUGGGUGGCAGUGAAUUUUCUGAAACUGUGACGAAUUGGCGGAGGCUUUACGACUGUCCUGGUCAAUGUCCAAAGGGGUUCGUCCACUUCGACUGUCCACCGGACAUGUGCCAGGAAACGUGCACGAAUGGCGGCUUCGUGGAUUGCUCGGACAGAAGAAGCUACCAAUUGCUGGCAGACACCAUGUGUUUCCCGGGGUGUUAUUGCCCAGAGGGGCUCAUCGAGAAAGAUGGCGCGUGUGUUCCGCCGAAAACCUGCCAUGACAUGUCUUGCGAGGUGUCCACUUCCGGCCAACGGUUGAUCGGAUUCGACAGAAAUCCGCGUGACUUCGUUGGCAACUGUUCUCAUGUUUUGGUAGACUCUCCAGGACUUCAGAAUGAGACCAUCGUUAAUGGGAAGCUUGUCGAACAUGGAGUGAAUUUGCGGACGGACGGAGUUGACGUCAGAUACUUCGGAGAGAACCUUGCUGAAAUUUUGCUCAUUCUUGAACAAGUGCGAAUAAGUUUCGCUGAGGAAAACUUCGCCAUCAAACUUUCUUCUCACGUUUUUCGUGAUUCAACAGGCGGACUUUGCGGUGACAAGAAUUCAACGGCAUUUUCUGGCCAAGCUUUGCAGAAAUAUCUGCCGGGACUUCAAAUUUGCGAGCAAGAAGUUGGGGAUGAAUCCGUCAAACAAUGUAGUCCGGAAGCAGAAAAAUUGGCUCGCGAAAUUUGUCGCGGGAUCCACAGACCAGCAGAACACGAUUGUUUGGCGCUGGAAAGCCCAACCAAGUACGCAGAAAUGUGCGAGCGGGAGUUGUGCAAGUUUUCGCAAGAAUCCCGCGACGAACUGAUGGCGAGGAGUUGCGCCAUUUUCCGCCAAUAUUUCUCAAGAUGCGAGGAAUUCGGCGUGUGUGUCCAAUGGCGCUCAGAGCGCUAUUGUCCUGGAACCUGCUCCAACGGAAGAACAUUCCAGUCUUGUCGGCGGUCUUGUUCCGAUGUUUGUUCCAGUGAAGAACCCCUGAGUAAAAUUGUGGAUUUAAUCGAUUUGCGCUCUAAACCAACGGUUCCUGGAACCAGUUGCGCUGCCACCGGGUUUCUAGAAGGGUGCUUCUGCCCAGGAAAUCAGUUGUUCUCAGUAAAGAGAAACAAAUGCGUUCCCGAACAUCAAUGCAAUGCUUGCGACGAAUUUGGUCAUUUCCCUGGCGACGUUUGGCAACCUGAUGCCUGCUCAAAUUGCACUUGUUCCGACGUGGGUGGGAUCGAGUGCACUGUCAAGCAGUGUCCUGCUGCUCCGAUUUGCGGACGAGGUCAAGAAGUCAUGACCGAAGCUGGAGAAUGCUGCGAUGUCCAUGAAUGCAAAGCGAUCAAAAUCCUGGAAACUUGUGCCGAACUCCAGAAGCCAGUUUGCCGUUUCGGACAAGUGCUGAAAUUGGUGGAGGGUGAUGACCACGCCUGUCCAUUCUACGCAUGUGAGCCUCCAAAACAGAGUUGCAUUUACGAGCACAAAUUCAGGGCAGAUGCACAAGGCAACGUCUUUCAAGUGGCGGAUUUCCUCAGGGAAACCAAGUUGCAUCCGGCAAAUGAGACGUGGUUCGAUGGACCUUGCAAUCGGUGCAAGUGCGAAACCGCUUCGUCUGCUGCGGAUGCAAACCCCGUGUUUUAUCCAGUUUGUGUCCAGGAAGUUUGUGAAGAUUUGACGGAACUCGAAAGGAACUAUCAGCUGGAGUUGGUGAAAUCCCCGGGCAAAUGUUGUCCGGAAGGCUAUGCGUACAAAACUCCCUCGGAAUCCGGCACCGACGACUGCUGUGGAAAGUGUGUUAAAGUCGCGUGUCUGGACGAUUCGGGCAACGUGAAGCAGCCGAACGAGACGUGGCUCUCCUCGGACGGAUGCCUGCAUUACGAAUGCGUGCUCAACACCGCCGUCGGCCAGGUGCACACUGUUGGCGGGAGAGUCGAGUGUCCGUUUUUCGACUCGCAGUGUCCGGAAGCGGACGUCCACUUUUCACCCGACGGAUGUUGCAAACUCUGCAACUCGUCCAGCUUGUCUCAUGCGAAUUGUGAAGCCGUUACAAUCCAGGAUCAAGAGACGCAAAAAACGAUUGCUGACCCGAGGUCACCGAAACGACUCUGCAAGCCAAAAUACCACCUGUCGGAAUGGAAAGCUUGUUUAGGGCACUGCGAAUCCGCUUUCUCUUUCCCCACUGCUCCUGUUCCAGGGAUUUUCGGAGAGAAAGAAAAGCGUUGCAGUUGUUGCCAACCGGAAGCGUCGAGUUCAAUCAACGUGACCUGGAUUUGUCAAGAUGGGUUUGAAUUCCGUGCGGAAGUCAAGUCUGUUUCUACGUGUCAGUGUUUGCCUUGUGGUUAUUGAUGCCAAGUAGAAGUGGAAUCUUUGAAAUACAGAUAUAUGUACUGUAUACGUUA